GACUUGGGGGGGGGGGGAGGAGGAAGCAAGUAUAGCAGCGGAUAAAGAUGAUAAACGAUUGACGGUUCAACGAGGGGCAGGUGGGAGGUGGAUGCAGGAGGUCUGGUCGCCGUGUCGUUUUAAUUUUAAUUUCUGGAUUCAGGUUUUUUCCCCUUUUCCCCCUAAUUCUUUAUAUGCGAGUAGGGACGCAGCGAAGGAAGCAUGCAGGAAGCCGAAGAAACGAAUGUCGGGAACAAAGAGAGGAAGGGAGGAGGAGGGGGGGGGGGGUGAAGGUAAAGGCGAAGAGGAAGAUGAGGGAAGCGAGAGACAGACAGGGAGAAAGGAGCCAGAGGCAGACAAGGCAAGAUGGAUAGAGGGGGAGAGGGAGAGGGAGGGAGGAAGCAAGAGAGAGAGAGAGAGAAUAGCGGAUGGCGGAUGGAGGAUGGAUGACAAGCAGCAGCAGGCCGAAUGGGGCAGAAGGCAGGCUGGACACUGACCGGUUUCAACUUUCAAUAAUAAUCUUCAAUUCAUUCAUUCGCACUCAUUACAUACACCCGCAGCCUGCCGUUGCUGUGAUCCAGCCUGGCCUCACUCAGCCCUUCAGGUUCCAAGCAACAAGCAGUUUGGAGACAAGCAAAAUUAAACU